AUGACAACUAGGACAUCCUUUGGUUCCACUUCUAGUGAUCUUCUCUCAUGGCUAUGGACAUGUCUAGUCCUUGUGAUUGUGUUGGGGUUUUUUAUGGUGAGCAUGGCCAAGACCCAAGGGUCUUCAACGAUAGAGACGAGGCAGAGGGUGACAAGGAAGAAGAAGGUCAAGGGCAAGGCCAUUGAUGGUGAUGAUGGUGAGUCUGAGGAUCAUGAGGGACCCAAGUCUAGGAAGCUGCAGAGAGCUACUCAUGAAUCUACCAUUAUUGAGAGGAUACCCACUUUUGACCCCGAGGCUAGGAUUUUGAGGACCAAUGUGCGAGGUUGUAUUAUUCAGGUUACACCUGAUAGUAUAGUUGAGUACCUGGGUUAUAUUAGGCCGUCUGCUAGUGAGGUUGAUUGUCGACAUUAUGAGUUCACUGCCAAGAGUCUUCCAGUGUAUAUGUGUAUUAUGUGUGAGGAUGCUAGUAUGUUUGAUGGUGAAUUUAGUCUGGGUAGCUUGAUUGUGGAGAGAUUAUUUGAGGCUCUCCUUCCUAGUGAGGCUCUACCAGUUGUUCCUCCAUCAACUUUGACAUCUAGAGCUACCAGUUUAGGGAUGCUACUUCAACCAUUUCAGCACCAUUUUCCAAAUUUCAUGCCUGAGUCAGAAUAUGCUAUUCAAGAGAUAGGUAGCAGUGAGGAAGAGGAGGCUGAGGUUGGAUUUGAUGAUAAAGAGGAGGAUAAUUUUGGGUUUGAGUAG